UGGCCAUGAGCGCGCGCCGGGCGACCCGCGCUGUGCUGCUGCUUCCCCUCCCGGUGGUGCUGCGGCGCUUUCAUCGCGCGACAAACCCGCGUGUGGCCUCCUCCCGCGGGUUCAGCGCCAGGCCGGCCCCGGCGGCGCCCAGCAUGGAGUACCAGGAUGCCAUUCGGACGCUGAACACGCUUCAGACCAACGCCAGUUACCUGGAGCAGGUGAAGCGGGAGCGAGGGGACCCCCAAGCGCAGCUGGAAGCCAUGGCCGGGUUCCUCCAACGCAGCGGCUUGAAGGUCAGCGACCUGGACCAGCUCAACAUCAUCCACGUCACGGGGACAAAGGGCAAGGGCUCCGCUUGCGCCUUCACGGAGCGCAUUCUCCGCAACUAUGGCUUGAAGACAGGUUUCUACAGCUCUCCCCACCUGGUUCAGGUGCGAGAGAGGAUCCGAAUCAACGGCCAGCCCAUCAGCAAGGAGCUUUUCAGCAAGUAUUUCUGGCAAGUCUACAACCGCCUUGAAGAGACCAAGGACUCACACUGUGCCGCCAUGCCCGCCUACUUCCGCUUCCUCACCAUCAUGGCUUUCCACGUCUUUUUGCAGGAAAAGGUCGACUUGGCUGUCUUGGAAGUUGGCAUCGGAGGCGCCUACGACUGCACCAAUAUCAUCAGGAAGCCGGUUGUGUGCGGCAUCUCCGCCCUGGGCAUCGACCACACCAGCAUCCUGGGAGACACCAUUGAGAAGAUCGCCUGGCAGAAGGGAGGCAUCUUCAAGCCUGGCGUGCCGGCGUUCACCGUCCAGCAGCUUGACCGGCCCUUGGAGGUGUUGAAGGAGCGCGCCCAGAAGAUCUCGUGCCCGCUCUGGGUGUGCCCGGACCUGGGAGCCUUUGAGGAGGGCGGGCGGCCCCUCCGGCUGGGCUUGGCCGGGGACCACCAGCGCUCCAACGCCGCCCUGGCCCUCCAGCUCUGCCGCACGUGGCUCCGGCAGAACCCACACCUGGAUGUCGCUGAGCCGAAAGAGCUCUGGCCGGACUGCAAGAGGCCCCCGCCCGUCGCCCCCGCCUUCCGGCUGGACAAAGCCAUGCUCCAAGGUUUGCAGGACACGGAGUGGCUGGGCCGCAACCAGGUGCUGCGCCACGGGCCGGUCACGUGGUACAUCGACGGGGCCCACACCACCAGCAGCAUCCAGGCCUGCGUCCGCUGGUUCCGCCAGGCCGCCCAGAUCGGGAAGAAGCCGGCGGAUGGCUCCGAGGUCCGGGUGUUGAUCUUCAACGUGACAGGCAACCGGGACACGGCCGCCUUUUUGAAGCUGCUCGUGCCCUGCCAGUUCGACUACGCCGUCUUCUGCCCCAAUUUCACCGAAGUGUCUACUGUCGGGAACGCAGACCAGCAGAACUUCAAUGUGACGCUGGAACACGUCCUGACGCGCUGCCUGCAGAACCAGGCGCAGUGGCUGCGGCUGACCGAGGCCGAGGCGGGCCGCGACCCCUGGCCCUUGGAAGGACCCUUGGGGGGUCCCCCGCUCCCGCCGCCCGGAGCCAAUGCGCUGGUCUUCCCUUGUGCCUCCCAAGCCUUGCGGUGGGCCAGCCAGGGCCGUGACCCCUGCCUUGAACCCUUGCCCGGGACCGGCAGCAGCGCAGCCGUCCAUCUACGCGAGGCGGACGCCAUCCAGGUGCUGGUGACCGGCAGCCUCCAUCUAGUGGGGGCCGCCCUCAAGCUGCUGGACCCCUCCCUUUCCCAGUAGGACCCGCCGGAGGAGGUGCUAGUCCUCAGUGCA